GAAGUAGCAAAUUUCUCCUCCUCUCUUUCCACCUUCACUCUGCGAUCUCCACUCUCUGUGUAGGGAGGGAGUAACACACUGAGUGUCAAGUCCAAGCCUUCUUUUCCCCCUCCUGUGGGUAUUUCCCACCUGAGGAGGGGGCCCAGGUCUCAGAUCAAGGAGGGGAUGGGUGAAGAGCAGUGUCACAGUGACAGCCCCACACUGCACUUUCAUAUUGACAGCCCCAUGCUGCGCUCCCAUGGUGACAACCCUGCACUGCUCUGUCAGUGUGACAGUUCUAUGAUUCAGUCUCAAAAUGACAGACCCACGUUGCACUCUAAUGGUGACAGCACAACUCUGCAAUCACACAGUGACAGCCCCACGUUGCCCUCUCGUGUUGACCUCCCUACCCUGCGUUCUCUUAAUAUUUCUGUGGAUGAAAAGAAUGUUAUUCCUGGAGCUCUGAGUAUUAUCCGGGAGCUGAGACCUGACUGGAAUCCUGGUGAUGUGCAGACCAAGUUGUUUACUGAUGGGAUUACCAACAAGCUGCUGGCAUGUUUUGUGGACACUGGAAUGGAGGAUGCAGUGCUAGUGCGCAUUUAUGGAAAACAAACGGAAUUGUUUGUUGACAGAGAGGAUGAAGUGACUAGUUUUCAGCUGUUGAGAGCUCACGGAUGUGCUCCUGCGCUCUACUGUACCUUCCAAAAUGGCCUCUGCUAUGAGUUCAUGCGUGGCUUGGCUCUGGGGCCUGAGCAUGUUCGCGAGCCUCAUAUAUUAAGGUUAAUCACACAUGAGAUGGCUAGAUACCACAGCAUCCCUGCUCAUAAUGGAUGCCUCCCUAAACUUGUACUGUGGCAGAAACUCAGAAAGUAUCUCUCCAUUCUUCGUACAGAUGAUGGAGCACAGAGCAGGUUGCCAUUAGGGACUCCCAGCUUAAAAGUAUUAGAGGAAGAACUUUAUUGGUUGAAAACUUACCUACCAACACUAGGAUCUCCCAUAGUCCUUUGCCACAAUGAUUUGCUAUGCAAAAAUGUUAUCUACAAUGAAGCAGACGGCCAUGUUCGCUUUAUCGAUUAUGAAUAUGCCGGAUAUAACUAUCAGGCCUAUGACAUAGCUAAUCAUUUUAAUGAGUUUGCAGGUGUGAGUGAGCCAGAUUAUCAGAUGUUCCCUAACAGACAGACUCAAAUACAGUGGCUUCGACAUUACCUGAGUGCCUAUAGGAGGUUGAUGCAAGAGGAGGGAGAAGUUCCAGAAAGUGAAGUGGAAACUCUUUUUGUCCAAGUCAAUCAAUUUGUGUUGGCUUCUCAUCUAUUCUGGGGGCUCUGGGCGCUGAUCCAGCACAGAUAUUCUGACAUUGAUUUUAAUUUUGGAAGGUAUGCAGUAUUACGGUUUAAGAGGUAUUUUGAAGUGAAACCAGAGGUAACUGCUCUGCGGACUGUGAAAUGAUGAACUCGUACAAGAUCUCACCAUAGUGCUGCUCGGCUGACAGAGGAUGAGUUGAAUAUCUGCCUUACCCAUGAGAGGCUGCACACUACUUAGAGAUAUUUUCUAUAUCCUCUGACAUCACUACUGAAAAUGAUUAUUACUGAACAUGGUCUCUGACCUCUGAAUUUACUAAAUAAACCUCAAAACCUCCAUUUGUAUUAAAUCUUUGAAAUGAUAUGGCUGCUGCCAUACACUGGUGUUAUAAUGCUGGAAACAGACGCUCUGUUGUAUUGAGAUGCAUUAAUGCUGCCAAUGGUUUCCUUUCAUUUUCUCACAACACAGAUUGCUCAUUAUACUUCCAUUAAAUAAGGAAGCAACAAGAAAGGUUUGUGGUGGAUUAGAUUAGGGGUGCACAACCUAUUCACUCGAGGGACCACAUUUAAACAGUAUGGGCCAACUACAGAGAAGAAAAUAUGCUGCAUUGUGGACCCUGGGCCUUAAGUUGGGUAACCCUUAUUUAGAAUAUAUAUAUAUAUAUAUAUAUAUAUAUAUAUAUAUAUAUAUAUAUAUAUAUAAAAUAAAGCACUUUCAUAUGCUUUUUAGUUCUAAUACAUAUAUGCUGCAAAUUACAAAAAUAUAAAUGCUACCAUGCAGCUGAAUUAUUUAUUUUCUUAAAGGGAUAUGAAACCCAAAAUGUUUCUUUCAUGAUUCAGAUAGAGCAUGCAAUUUUAAACAACUUUUUAAUUUACUUCUAUUUUCAAAUUGUCUCUGUUCUCUUGGCAUCUUUUGUUGAAAAGCAGAGACAUAAGCUAGGAGUGCGCAUGUGUCUUGAACACUCUAUGGCAGAAGUUUUGCAAGAAUGUUAUCCAUUUGCUGCCAUAAAGUGCUCCAGACGCCUACCUAGGUAUCUCUUCAACAAAGAAUACCAUAAAAGUCAAUUUAAAAUCUUUUUAAUUGUCUGAAUCACAGAAGAGCAUUUUUGGGUUAAAUAUCCCUUUAAUUUGGUACCUAACUAAGAGGUUGAUUAGCUGUCUGAUUACUAUUCCCCAUUCAGUAAUAUAUAUCUAUUACUUAUUUGGUUAAACACGAUUUCCUAUUUGACAGAAAAGAAAUGCCUUCCUUUUCCCAUCUCAAAAGCAGUGUAACCAAUUUUUUUGUAAGAGUAUAUUUUCUAAAUCUACAUCUCAACUACUCCACGUAGCAAGUGAAACUGUGACAUAAUGCUGAUGUGUGAUUAGAAGAUUAAUAUUUGUAUUGUUAUUAAAAUAAAUCUAAAUAAAGUAAUAUAUAUAUAUAAUUUUAUCUUAACAGAAAA